GAACAACAAAGCCAUAUCCUGCUGAUAUAGUAGUUCAGUUCAAGGACAUAUAUGCACUGAUGGGCCAAAAUGUGACUUUAGAGUGUUUUGCCCUUGGCAAUCCAGUUCCUGAUAUCCGGUGGCGGAAAGUUCUAGAACCAAUGCCAAGCACUGCUGAGCUUAGCACCUCUGGGGCUGUCCUCAAGAUCUUCAAUAUUCAGUUAGAAGAUGAAGGGGUAUAUGAAUGUGAGGCUGAGAACAUUAGAGGAAAGGACAAACACCAAGCAAGAAUUUAUUUAGAAGCGUAUCCAGAGUGGGUAGAACACAUCAAUGACACUGAAGUGGAUAUAGGGAGUGACCUCUACUGGCCUUGUGUGGCCACAGGGAAGCCCAUCCCCAGCAUCCGAUGGCUGAAAAAUGGAUAUGCGUAUCAUAAAGGAGAAUUGAGACUAUAUGAUGUGACUUUUGACAAUGCUGGAAUGUACCAGUGCAUAGCUGAAAACACUCAUGGAGCCAUUUAUGCCAACGCGGAGCUGAAGAUCUUAGCUUUGGCUCCGACUUUUGAAAUGAAUCCUAUGAAGAAAAAGAUCCUGGCUGCCAAAGGAGGAAGGGUAAUAAUUGAAUGCAAACCCAAAGCUGCACCUAAACCCAAAUUUUCAUGGAGUAAAGGGACAGAAUGGCUUGUCAAUAGCAGCAGAAUACUUAUUUGGGAAGAUGGCAGCUUGGAAAUUAGUAACAUCACAAGGAAUGACGGCGGUAUCUAUACAUGCUUUGCAGAAAAUAAUAGAGGGAAGGCUAAUAGCACUGGGACUCUUGUUAUCACAGAUCCUACACGAAUUAUCUUGGCCCCGAUUAAUGCUGAUAUCACUGUGGGAGAAAACGCCACCAUGCAGUGCGCUGCUGCCUUUGACCCCGCCCUGGAUCUCACAUUUGUCUGGUCCUUCAAUGGCUACGUUAUCGAUUUUAACAAAGAGAAUAUUCACUAUCAGCGGAAUUUUAUG